AUGACUAGUUCACUAUCAGGGCAUCAAGACUAUUCUGCUUGUUUUCAAGAUCAACUGGAACGCUUACAACAAUUACAUCUGGAUCAGUCUGAAUAUGUUUGUUUAAAGGCGCUGAUUCUGUUUAGUUCAGGUAGGUUUGAAUUCUUUUUCAUGUUGGUUUUGAGAUGUUCUAGGAAAACGAUUUUUUCAUUUUAUAAUCUUUACAUCAUAGAUUCUUUAGAAAUGGUCAUUAUCAACUUUUGA